CCUUGGUUCCGUACCCCUGUAGUUCUUCUUCCUCCUCCCUCCAAAGCAAAGCAAGUUCUUGGUUCUCGUCCCAUGCAAAGCUCUGCUCGUGGGUCUUCUCAUCCGGUUGGGCAUGUGUUGAGCACCACGGCGCCAGUCCAUCUUUCUCGCGCCCACAACGGAGAAACCGGCCAGCCUUUGCGUCGUGCCCGGCCGGUUCCUCUCUUGUUUGCCAAGAGAAAGACGGAUGGCUUGGCUGGGUUUCACCGGUACAAGGGAGGGAGAAGAAUUUGGGAACAAGUUGUUUGUUGUUGAAGCACUUGUAAUUUUCUGUGCUUUUUGCAGCGACGAACAAGGGACGGCUCCCUCCGAUCCAACCAAACCCAACCCGCGCCCAUUGGAUCCAUGCCGCGUCCGACCCGGCUGGAAUGGACCCACCGGAAUGGAACGCGCCUCGGCUGACGCCGUUCCUCUCAGCGCCCCGAGCAAAAUUGCUGCGCCCCGUUCCCCCCGUUAAGCCCGCUGGCCGCCGUUCCAACCCACCGGAACGGAACGCCGUUCCUCCCAGCCCCCCCACACCGUCCCGACGGCUGGAACGCCGUUCCACCCCGCCGUUAGGGUUGCGCGGCCCUACAAAUAGGCGCGCCGUACGCCCGUUCCCCCUCCCCCUCCUCCCACCCCGCCGCCGCAGCGCUCGCCCCGAGCCUGGAUCCUUCGCCUCGACGGGUGCGAUUGGAUCGAUCCGCCGGCCUCUCUCCCCUCUCGCCACCGCCGACGAGAAGACCGUGAGGUGAUGGCUUGUGGGAAACAGCUCCCACGUGGUCAGAGGGACCUUCCCUCAGACAGGCCUGCGCACACCCGCACAACAAGACCCAUCGAGAUCUGUGAAGUUACCGCUGAUGGGAUCGUCAUGGCCUCAGAAGUACCGUUCUACGAGGUCAUGCCUAAGGCCUGCACCAAGCGCCAGCUGAAAUGGCGCCGUCGUAUACAGAAGCUGGGCACCUAUGGCAACGCAACAAUUGUCUAUCCCCUGACAGAAAUUGAGCAGGAGCUUCUUAAUGCGAUGGGAGCAUUGGCCGUUCAGCAGUUUGAGGACUGAAGAUUGGAAACCCACUUUUUUUGCUCAGGUGAAGGUUCUCGUCUCAUUUUGCUAAGUCUUUGCUGCAAGUUAAAUGAUCUUCCAUGUGCCUAGCGAACAUUCCUCUUGAUUUUCGAACUCCUGUUGUGGUCUGUAUAACGUCCGUCACCUUAUACGCUAUGUGCCACUUAUGCUGAGAUGUUAACGACUCUAUGCUAUGCCACUUGUGCUGAGAUGCCACUUACGCUGAGAUGUUAACUACUAUGCUAUGCCACUUCACUCGUUUAUAUGUCUUGUUAUCCGAAUGUGAUGGAACAAAAUGCUUUUUGUUUAUGAUAAAAUCGUGGUUGAAAAGUAA